GGGAUUCUGUAAGUGGUAAUAUAAACUAAUAUGCUCACAAAAAAAUAAUAUACUUUUCAGAAAUGCAUUGUUAAAGCUAAGAAGAAAUAUACGUCAUUUGAUUAAUCAAACCUUUGUCGGUGGUUCAUAUAGUCGCCUCGUACUGCAACAACUAUAUGGGCACAGUUUAACAUAUUUGCUCAGGCACUUUAGCCACCAGCUAACAUUAGCUGCUCCAGGGCUAGCAAGUCCGACUCUCCACACACGACCAUAGCGUUAGCAACGAGUGCAGCAUCCCGGACUGUUAAACGUUAACGUCAGCUACUGAGUAGCUACAGAAAAGCUAAAAUCCACACAGGUGCAGGUGUCGGAGUGUCCUGUGGUGAAGACAAAUCCGCGAUGUUGAACCCGACCAAUGGUGACCCAGGCCACGUUGUUGUGAAUUAUGUUGAGGAGUAUUUGGACCUGGUGGAAUCACUACCCUUUGACCUGCAGAGAAGUGUGUCUCUCAUGAAGGAAAUUGAUGCCAAGUAUCAAGAUGUUCUGAAGGAGCUUGAUGAUGCUUAUGAACGAUAUCGCCGGGAAUCUGAUUCACUUCAGAGGCGCAAACUUCAGUUAUCGAUUCAGAGGGCACUGAUCCGCAGUCAAGAGCUCGGAGAUGAAAAGAUCCAGAUUGCUGGUCAAAUGGUGGAGUUGGUUGAAAACCGAACACGACAAAUAGACUGGCAUUCUGAAGUUCUCCUUUCCUCUCAAGAAGUCCCAGAGAGCCACGUUCCCACAGCAACAUCCAUGACAACCACUGCAACAUCCAUGAUGUCCUCAUCAUCAGCCACCAUCACUCCAGGCAAACCUGGCCACCAUGAUAAGAAGCGUGAUGAGGUUACACCAGGCUCAGGUGGCACAGACAAGGCUGGUGGGAAACGCUCAAGACGUCAGAAAAAUGGGGAAAGUCGGGAAAGUUACGGGGGUCUGGAUCACACUGAGGAAGUGGGAGUGGGGGCAUCCCGGGAAAAACGUGCCAAAACAUCUUCUAAGAAAAAGAAACGGUCAAAAGGAAAGUCUGAGAGAGAAGUGUCACCUCCAGACCUGCCCAUUGAUCCAGAUGAGCCAACAUACUGCCUGUGUGAGCAGGUGUCCUAUGGCGAGAUGAUUGGCUGCGAUAACAAUGAAUGUCCCAUUGAGUGGUUUCAUUUCUCCUGUGUUGGGCUCCAUCAUAAGCCCAAGGGAAAGUGGUACUGCCCCAAAUGUAGAGGUGAGAAUGAGAAGACCAUGGACAAGGCCUUAGAAAGGGCCAAGAAGGAGAGGGCAUACAACAGGUAGCUUGCUCUGCCUGGCCCAAUGAACACUACUGCAUAAAAAUUUUAUGUCUCCGUUUCCAUUUACUGUUAACACUGUUUAAAACAGUAAUGAAUUGACAAGAGGGAUCUUGUACAUAGUUAUUUUUGUAAUUGCUGCAUAGCUGAGAAACAAAAUUGCUCCAUCUCAGUUGGGAUUAUUUGUAAAGAAUUGACACAGUACAGUACAAUACAACCUGCAUGUUUGUAACCAGCUGUCCUGCACUUACAUCCCCCUUGUUUUCAUCAUGCAUGCGACAUCACCCACUCCAUUAUAUAUGCUCAAUUCACAAAUAAAACAUUUCUAAACAAAGAAGACUCUAUCUUUAACAUCUCAGAGGAUGAAAUGAAGAAUCUAAAUCAAAAAUAAGAUAAAUGUGAUAUAAUACAGUGUACUGUAGCUCUCUACCCCCUAUAUAGAAAUCAAUCUGUUGUUUACUCUGUAGUGAACGAUAAAGAUUUUGCGUUACCACUGACGUGAAGGGUCACAUUUUCAAUAAAUUUGACUCAUUGCAUUUUGGGAUUAUGAGCAUUAAGUAGGGGACAUGUCAUGAGGACAGCUACUUUGCAAUCAGUAAUUUCACAAUUCACUUUCAUUAAUACAGUACUUACAGGCCAUAUGUACAUUGAAGCAGUAAAUGUUCCUCCUGUCAGCACUGGCUGCAAAGAUCUCUUUUUAAAGUGAUUUCAAUAUAUGUGAUGGACCAACUUUGAAGGAUACCCUCUUAAUUUGUCUGACACAGACUGCUUAAGUUUCAUAUUAGUGUUUGCUGAACUUAAUAAUGCAUCUUUACACAGAAAGGACUAUGGAUUUUGUGCUCUAUCACUUGGGCAGUAUUGACAGCAGGAACCAUUUAAAGAAACAAAAAAUCUUUUCAUGUACAUAUGGACCUGAGAAGACAGACUUGAAAAACAUAAAUGUAAAAUGGAACCAAAGAAAGGACUAAAAAUCCAAAAGGACAGACCUUAUAUUUAAUUAUGUUUACUGCAAAAUAGAAUAUUUCAAAUUAUGCUUAGACCUGUUAAAUACUGCUGUUGCAAGAUGUUAAGUAAAAACACCUGCAGCCCAACAGCAGAUCUGUACCCUCAAAGAAUAUUGUCAUGUAUGAUCACUUUGGCCUGAGCACCCCCAUGUUACACUUGAAUGUCGGUGCAGUUAUUUAGUGGACACAUGAUUACAUUCAUAUUCAUAACCAUGGCUUACCUCAUGGGCUGUCACCCUGAUUGAAUUGUGGGGCUUCUUGGAAUGUCAGUCUCACAUAAACUGAGGCACAGCAUAAGUGUUGACGUCUAUCAAAGCAAGAAAAGUCAUUUUUGAGUCAAAUAUUGAAUUUGCGGUCAGAAUUAAAAAUCAAACUUACCACAUAAGGAUGAAUUUGCCUUUUUUUAUUUACAAGUGCUGAAAAAAAUGACAUGGGAGACAACCAGUGCAAAAUCUGUACAUAAAUUCAGUUGCAGGUAUCUUAUAUACAUGAGUACUGAACAGGAACGUGAAUACACUCUUACUGUCAUGCAUGUAACAGAGUUCACAACACAGCAAAAGACAUGGUGUAAAGAUGUCCGAUUUAGUUGUAGUCCGUGAUGCUCAGGCUGCUCAUUCUCCCAAGGAAAGGUGGGGUGAUCACACUGGAGCCCAGACAAACUUAACAGAACAGAUCAGGGGCACAACAGAAGAGGAUCCAUGACUUCAUUGAUACACCCUCCAAGACAUUUAACAUAAUUAGUCAUGGGGAGUUAUUACAGCAAGUUAGAACACACCAGAAUUUUUGGGUAAUGGCCCACAAGUCCAUAUUGACAAAACAUCAAGGCAAGAUUCAGCACAGUUCCCCUGAUGGACUGGAAAAGGGGGAUAGUAUAGAAAAAAUAAAUCCCUCCUGGCGGGUAAGAAAAAAAAAACAUUC